GCGUCGUGCACGUACCCGCGCGCGGCCAGGGAGCUCUUGCUGAGCGCGCUGCUGUUGUUGGUGCUCUGCACUGCCUCAGCCCGACGUUCGCGGUUGCGCGAGCCCAUGGUCAGGGGAGUCAGGAGCGGCGGUCCGUCGGGGUGGUUUCGCGGGAAGACUGACGGCUGCGAGUUUUUGUGGACACGUGGACUGUGUCGGGGAAAAGCGAAUUGUCACUUUUCUACAAGCCUUCCCGGCUGAAACGAAAAUUUAUCUUAAGUUUUCAUAAGAUGACUCGGCUGUUGACAAAAAUCUUUCAGAGGUGAAACUGAGCCCAGAACUACAUAUACUGUUUAUCUAAUCAAAACGGGUGGAAGUAAAGCAGUCUGAAGGAAGUUCAAGGCCACCAAACUUACUGACUGAACUAUAUUUAGUAUUCAUGCUGAGAAUAAGUGGCUGGGGAAAGACCUUGCUAUUCUGCUAAAUCAUGAUGGAGGCAGAAGAACAGCCAUGGAAGACAACCUUUUACUCAAAAUUACCUAAAGUGGAACUUCAUGCCCACUUGAAUGGAUCCAUUAGUUCCAGUACCAUAAAGAAAUUAAUAGCCAAGAAACCAGAUCUUAAAAUCCACAAUCAGAUGACUAUGAUUGACAAGGGAAAGAAAAGAACUUUAGAAGAGUGCCUCCAGAUGUUUCAAAUUCUUCAUCUACUUACUACUACCCCUGAAGAUGUUCUAAUGGUGACGAAAGAUGUCAUUAAAGAGUUUGCAGAUGACGGUGUCAAGUAUCUGGAACUAAGGAGCACACCCAGAGGAGAAGAUGCUUCAGGAAUGACUAAAAAGACUUAUGUGGAAUCUAUACUUGAGGGUAUAAAACAGUCCAAAGAAGAAAACGUAGACAUUGAUGUUAGGUAUUUGAUAUCAAUUGACAGAAGAGGUGGCCCUUCAGCAGCCAAGGAGGCUGUUAAACUUGCUGAAGAGUUCUUCCUUUCUGCAGAGGAUACAGUUCUUGGCCUCGACCUCAGUGGAGACCCUUCAGCAGGACAAGCAAAAGACUUCUUGGAACCUCUUUUAGAAGCUAAAAAAUCUGGUCUGAAGUUGGCACUUCAUCUUUCAGAGAUUCCAAACCAAAAAACAGAAACACAAGUACUCCUGAACCUGUUUCCUGACCGAAUUGGGCAUGGGACAUUUCUCAGCUCCUCCAAGGAAGGAUCCCCAGAUCUGGUGGACUUUGUGAGGCAACACCAGAUACCACUCGAACUUUGUUUGACCUCGAACGUCAAAAGCCAGACAGUUCCAUCUUACGACCGACAUCACUUUGGAUUCUGGUACAGCGUUGCCCAUCCUGCCGUGAUCUGUACUGAUGAUAAGGGUGUUUUUGCAACAUGCCUUUCUCAAGAGUACCAGCUGGCGGCUGAAACAUUUCAUCUGACCCAGUCUCAGGUGUGGGAUCUGUCUUAUGAAUCCAUCAGCUACAUCUUUGCUUCUGACAGCACCAAAGCUGACCUGAGGAAGAAGUGGAGUCAUCUGAAGCCCCAUUUUUAAGCUGUAACGAGGUGAAUACUUUUGAGUGUGUUUUACAACCUAGAUCUCCCAGCCAUAUCCCACUUAGUAAGCCGCUCCUCCCUUGGAACCAUAGCAGCCAAGUGCUGCGGACUCCAACACCAGCACCUUUCUCAUGGUGGGUGCUCAGUAAAUCUGUCUUAAACCGCCUGAAGGCUCUGAGGUCGUCCAUGGCUUACCUCCAUGCUGCUUUCAGGAAGGGACCCGAAUGCUGCUGCACACUGAGCUCCCCAUUCUAGCAAUGGUUUUGCCUUAACAGUCCCUCUUCACUAGAGAUCGUGAAACUUCAAGAAAAUCAAAGUAGGUUCUCAUCAGGAAAAGUUCUGGAACUGCUAGUCUAAAUAAGGUGAGAAGGGAAUACAGAUUGUUACCAAAACCUUUAAUCUGUGUAGUUUCUGAUGACAGCUCUGUGUUUUGUUGUGCCUACUUUAAUCAGACUCCCUUAAGUAUUCUCCAGAACUGGACUCCAGGCCACACUGCAUACCAUGGAUUUUUGUGAAUCCCAGUAGCCAGGGUUAACCUCCUUUGGGUGAUGCUCGUGACAGAUCAAGCUAGCUGCUGAGAUCUAUCUGCCUUUGCCCUUCUCAUGAUUAAUCCUUCUGGAGUCAAGAUACAUUUUAGAUUUUGAGUUGAAUAAUGGCGAGAGAAUUGAUCCAUUUUUGUGCUCAUAUCUCAUCUUCCCUUCCUUACUUUGUCACGAUAAAAAUAGUUCCCUAUAGAGUUGACAGGACAAACCUAUACUCAGGUUACAAUAAAAGAGAAAUGGCAGUGU